GGGUCUGUGUGCAUCACCCCACCUUGAGGUGAGCAAUUUACCACUGCAGCUUCUGAAAUAGCUAACUCAGACGAGAAGUGCAGGAUGGUUUGGGUCACCAAAACGACCUUUAGUUAAUGCUGCUGGAAGAAUACUAAGCAACAACAAUUUUCUCCCCGUAGUUCUCAUUCCUCCUUGCAUUUUUUUUUUGCCAGUUUCUAGGUCAGAUUCCCCAUUCCGCUGCUCCUGCGCUAGAACAGCGCUCAGGUUGCACAAUUGCAGAGGAGGGAGGAAUCUGCUUCGCGAAUCCCCAUCUCCCCGGCAGCCUUUCCCGAUUCUUCCCUUCCUCCCAGCAUCUCCUGCUGGGAACCCGCCGCAGUGGGAGCAGCCCGGCAGCCUGGCUCUGCCCAGCCGCCCUCCGUCCUCCCUCCCUCUCGCUCAUCCCUCCCUUUUCCUUAAAAACGUGGGCUCCGGGGUGCAGCCCCCUGUGCUGGCAGCAUCCCUGCCUGCGGGAGCAGCCCUUUCCCCUCCUCCACCUGCGGAGUGCCCGGCUCUGUCCCGCGUCCCCCCCGUCCCCGGCCCGGGGCUGCUGGAUGUGGCCGCGGGCAGCGGAGCCCGCUCCGGAGCCGCGCUAGAGGGGACCCGCCGCAGGUCCUUGGCGCAGGCUGCUGCUUCAGGAUGGACCCCAUCUUCCCUGCCCAUAUUUUGGAAGACCCCGACCUGAGGAAGCUGCUGAACGACUCCUCCAUGCUCAACCUGAGCUUUCUGCCCAGCAACUGGUUCAACAACAGCACAGGGGACGGAUUCCUGCCGCUCAGCAUCAAGAUCACCAUCGUGGUCGUCUACUCCAUCGUGUGCAUCGUGGGGCUGGUGGGCAACUGCUCCGUCAUGUAUGUCAUCGUCAGGCUGUGAUGAAGGUUUCUGCCAAUUUUCAGCUGCCCUCUGGUGCCUCCUAAAGUUUAACCCAGAGAAUGGAACAGAAUUCACCAAGAUGAAGACAGCCACCAACAUUUACAUCUUUAACCUGGCUCUGGCUGACACCCUGUGCCUGAUGACCUUGCCCUUCCAGGGAACAGACACAUUCCUGGGCUUCUGGCCCUUUGGCAACGUCCUGUGCAAGAUUGCCAUCUCCAUUGACUACUACAACAUGUUCACCAGCACCUUCACGCUGACCAUGAUGAGCGUGGACCGCUACAUCGCCAUCUGCCACCCCAUCAAAGCCCUGGACAUCCGCACGCCCCACAAGGCCAAGGUGGUCAAUGUCUGCAUCUGGGCUCUGGCUUCUGUCUUCGGCAUCCCGGCCAUGGUGAUGGGCUCUGCGGAGAACGAGAACAACGAAAUCGAUUGUCUGAUUAAGCUCCCUUCUCCCGUGGACUACUGGGAUCCAGUGUUUGGCAUCUGCGUCUUCCUCUUCUCCUUUAUGAUCCCUGUGUUGAUCAUCACCAUUUGCUAUAGCCUCAUGAUCAGGCGGCUCAAGAAUGUCCGCGUCCUCUCGGGCUCCAAGGAGAAGGACCGCAACCUGAGGCGCAUCACCCGCAUGGUCCUGGUGGUGGUGGCAGUCUUCAUCGUCUGCUGGACUCCCAUCCAGAUUUUUGUGCUGGUGCAGUGUUUGGGUGCCAAGGCGGAGAGUGAGCUGGAGCUGGCCAUCUCCUGCUUCUGCACCGCGCUGGGGUACGCCAACAGCAGCCUCAACCCCGUGCUCUACGCCUUCUUGGAUGAGAACUUCAAGGCGUGCUUCAAGAAGUUCUGCUUCCCCACCGCCUUCAGGACCGAGCUCCAGAUGUCCAACAGGAUGUGCAGCAUCGCCAAGGAUGUGGCCUACGCCUGCAAGAACUCGGAGGGGACUAACAAUCCGGCCUGACUAGGCAUGGAAAUCCCCAUGGUGGCUGUCGCCCAGCAGAGUCCAACCACCCCCACGUCAGAACUGACUCAGAUAACGGCCCUUUAGCAGGACCUCAAAACUGAGAGGUGAGAAACCAAGGAAACCAUUUUGGGGGUUGGGAAAACCGGAUACUGCGAGAGCACGCAGAGAAAGUGAGCCCAUGCGAUGCAUUUUUAAUUCCAGUGCAUCCUGCACUAAGGAACGUGUUUGAAAUCAGCCCCUUGAUUCCUGCAAAACCCUGGGAGUUUGCAACAUUACUGAGAAUUUGGGAAUUAAGGGUUUAAAAUAGGCAUCGCUCCUGGGGCUUACACUUCUGCUGCUGGGAGACAGACAGAAUGUGAACUCUUGCAUUGCUUUUUUCCUCCCUGGGUGGAGAUGUUAACAGCUUGCCUGGCUCACCAGGCGCUCGUGUGCGGGUUUUCCUCCUGUGCCAUCGCUCUGAAAUCAGACUUUGCUGCAGCCAAAGCAGGCAGGAGCCAUCAGACAAAACCCAAGAUCAUCUCCAGGAUGAGUCAUCGUGCAGGGAAGGAUGCAGGGAGGGAGAGGAGGGAGCUGACAGGAAGAGAAAUGCAAACUGCUUUGGGAGGCCAGCGCCAGCUCCUGCAGAUGGGAUCUGCAGUGAAACCCCCCUGCCAGAGGGGAGCAGGGCGGGGAGAAGGGACUGUCAGAACUGAUGAUUUUAGCUCCAAAGAGGAGGCAGAAAAAAAUCCUGAGGAAAUGAACACAAUUUCUCAUUUACAUGCUGCUACUACUUUUCUUUCUAACUCUCUAUUUCCAGUGUAAUAAUGGACAGAAUGUGUCUGUAUAUAUCAUGUCUGUAGUGGAAUAGAUGCAGAUACAUGGUAGGAUUUCACCUUACCAAGCAUGCCUUGGGCAUCUUCCUCCUUGAGAGGAGGAAGGAAUGAAGUGGCCUAUAGACACAAGUAUUUAUUGUAUAGGGAAAGCCAUUUUGAAGAAAUCAGAAUGGCAGCUCUUCCAGAAGAUAUGGACAUUCCUGGUGGGAGGAGGCAGCCUAAAACAGUCCCACCUGCUCCACGUGGGACAAGGGAGGCACAAACCAUACAAACCCUGGGAUUCUCUGGUUUGUUUUAUGUUUUUAACUGACAUGACACCCACAAUGCUGAAAGCAUGUGGGAAAUGCUGCCCAGGUACCACCCCUCCUGCCAACCAUGGAUUGAUUUUCCUCUCCCAGAGUAGGCCAGAGCUUCGUGGCAAAUGAAAUGUCCUAUCAUUUCACUUGAUAACAAAAGCCUCCCCAAAGGGUUUCACCACUUGAGUGCCCUCUGUUCUGGGGAGAGCAGCAGGCUGGGGUUGUUCCUGUAGCACAACAGCCCAGGGAAAUCUGGGCAGUGGUGGCCAGUGGUGCUGACGGGGGAGCAAAGCACCAACCUCCACCUGAGAUGGGAGGUCAAUUCCAACAUGAGAACCAGCAGUGUCAUCUGGACUGUACAGCUUCCAAUGUGAAUACAUUUCUUGUGCUCUGAUCGAUGAGAUUCUGUAUUUUUAAUGUAUUGAUUUGCCAAUAUUUUAAUGCUGUCAUGUUCUUUAUAUAUGCUGUACAAAGGAAUUGAAUGUUAUAUUUCUAUGUAGAGUGUUUCCCUCAUGGUUGAGCUUAAAAUAUAGACGCAAUUCCAGUGUCCCACGUGUAGGACCCAGAUCCCUUGUAAACUACUCAAGCUGGGAGGAUUUUGAUGCUAAUUAACAUUUCAUUGGGAAUCUGGAUGUAUACCAGAGCAAACUUUGCAAUUAGCACUUCCCCAUACCAAUCUGGAGGGAAUCUGGGCACUUCAAGCACUUUGUAGUGGAUGUUAAUCCCCGAGCCCUCACCAGGAAAUCCCAUAUAAACCCCAGGCAUGUGAAGAACAGCUCCUUGAGGACUGUGCUGCUGGCAAGCUGCAUCCAUGCCUUUGGAGAAGUGGGUUAGGUGGGAUGUUUGUGGGUGCAGUACCAGCAUGGGGCAGUGAGUGACCUUGGGUCUGCUCAGCCCUCAGCUGUGGGAUGGGGUCUGGGCAUGUUUGGGGCUGAAGCUGGGAAUUGACUGCCAGGCUGUUCUUACCCUUAGGGAGCAGGAGAACAUUCCUCAGUGCCUGGCUAAGAAACAGCCACACUCCCUUUGUUGUUCUUGGCUGGGUUUUUAAAUAGAUUUAUGUCCUCUGAAAAGAAAUAUACCUGUGUUCGGCGUUUCUAAAAUAUGGAUUUUGUUAUAAUGACUAUGCUGCAACGAUCUUACAUAAUCAAGUACUCAAUAAAUGUGUGUUUACCAAGCUUUUGGGUAUUUCCACGGCCUUUGCAGUGAACGUGUUUAGGCAUUCUGUUUAAUGCUCAGUAAAGUUUGUUAUAAGAAGAGCAGCAACCACCUGAAAGCAAAACUUUAUUGUACUGUGCCUUUGGAGUUACAGGCUCUUGGUCAGCUGGAUGGCUUUAGUGCUGGCUCUGUAAUUCUCUUUGGAAGUGGUUGUGUUGGUGUGAUUUUUACAACUGUCGCAGUGUAAAUGACAUUUAGGUGGCUACUUGUGUGCUUUAAUAAAGGAAAAUAAA